AUGCCCAAAAGGUACUCUUACAAUGAUCUAAUGGCAAUGACAAACCAUUUCAAGGAUCAAUUGGGGGAAGGCGGUUUUGGAUUUGUUUACAAAUGGCAUCUCUCAAGAGGCUUUUUGAUUGCUGUCAAAAUGCUCAAAAACACCAAAUUUAGCGCGCAAGAAUUCAUCAACGAGGUCUCGACAAUCGGUAGGAUUCACCAUGCCAAUGUGGUACAAUUAUUGGGAUUUUUCUCAAAGGGGUCUUAUCGCGCUUUUGUAUAUGAAUACAUGCCUAAUGGUUCACUUGAAAAACACAUCUUCUUGAAGGAAGGAAAGGCUCAGCCCUUUGCUUGGGAGAAACUCCUCAAAAUCGUUCUAGGAACUGCUCGAGGUAUUGAGUAUCUACACUGCAGAUAUGAUGUAUGCAUUCUUGAUUUCAACAUUAAGCCUCACAAUGUCCUUUUAGACCAAAAUUUCGUCCCAAAAGUAGCAGAUUUUGGGCUUGCAAAAUUUUACCCAAAGGAGUAUAAUGCUAUGUCCAUUAGUACCACGAGAGGAACACUAGGGUACAUGGCUCCUGAGUUGAUUUCAAGGAAUUUUGGAGCGAUCUCGAGUAAAUCAGAUGUAUACAGCUUUGGCAUGUUGUUGUUGGAAAUGGCUGGAGGGAGAAAGAAUGUUGAUGCAAACGCAAAAAGCUCAAGCAAAGUUUACUUUCCAUCAUGGGUUUAUGAUCAUCUAGAAGUAGAAUGA